GGCUCCUCAUAUAAAACCAGGCUUCUGGGUUCUUUCCAGUGAACAUCAAAUUUACUCUUUAUUUCUAAUUUGGAUUAAAUGUAGUAUUAGGUCCUGCCCAGAAGGAUAAAGUUGUUUUCUUAAUAAUCCCAAAACAUAGCUGAAAGUUUAACUUUAGGCAUUCCUUUUAGGUAGAUCGAUAGGGAACAUGUUAUCCAAGGCUAUGAAUUAAAAGCAGCCCGAUCGCUACCAUCCUGAAGGUGGAUGGUCCUCGCUGGAGCUGGGCCUCUCGUUUGCCAUACCAGUGCUAAGACCUUAGCACCGCCGUGCUGCAGCUUAACAAAAAAAGGAGUAGUGCUGGGCCCCACAUGGUGAUUUUUUGUCUUUGAGAAAUCCAAGCAAGAUCGAAUUUUUUUUUUCACUCACUGCAUUGGUAAUGGCCGUGUCAAGACUUGACAGGUUGUUUAUUUUAUUGGACACUGGGACCACACCGGUGACGAGAAAAGCGGCUGCUCAACAGCUAGGAGAUGUUGUCAAACUGCAUCCACAUGAACUGAACAAUUUGUUAGCUAAAGUUUUAAUUUAUUUAAGAAGUUCUAACUGGGAUACCCGUGUUGCGGCAGGUCAAGCAGUAGAGGCCAUUGUGAAAAAUGUUCCAGAGUGGAAUCCAACUCCAAAGGUUAAACAAGAGUCUAGCCUGUAUGCUUCCAUGGAGGAUGCAACAUCAGAUCGCCUAAAUUUUUUCAGGUUUGAUAUUUCUCGCCUUCUGAAACAUGGGGCAUCCCUCUUAGGAUCGGCUGGUGCAGAAUUUGAAGUGCAGGAUGACAAAUCAGGGGAAAUUGAUCCCAAGGAAAGAUUAGCCAGACAAAGGAAGCUUUUGCAAAAGAAACUUGGACUUGAUAUGGGUGCUGCCAUAGGAAUGGACACAGAAGAUCUUUUCAAUGAUGAGGAUCUGGAUUACACUCCAUCUCCAUCUCUUGUUGUAAAACAAUCUGUAGGUAGAACCUCCGGCUCUGUGACUUCACGGAAUCAUACAAUGAUGCAGGCUGCUGAAUUAAUUGACUCUGAAUUUCGGCCAGGAAUGAGCAAUAGACAGAAGAAUAAAGCAAAGAGAAUGGCAAAGUUAGUUGCUAAGCAACGUUCAAGGGAUGUAGAUUCCAAUGACAAGAGUAAUGACAGUUUUGAAGGAGAGCCAGAAGAAAAGCGCAGAAAAACAACAAAUGUUGUCAUUGAGCAACCAGCAACUGAGUCUAAAGUUUUAAUAGACAACAUACCAGAUAAUUCUUGUUUACAUGAUGAGUCUAAUGAAUGGCCACUGGACAGUUUUUGUGAGGAACUAUGUAAUGAUCUUUUCAAUCCCUCCUGGGAGGUACGCCAUGGUGCAGGAACUGGACUUCGUGAGAUUCUGAAAUAUCAUGGAAGUAGUGGUGGAAAGUUAGUAGAAAGCACUUUAGAUGAGAUGAAGCAGCAACAUCAGGAGUGGCUAGAAGAUUUAGUUAUUCGGCUGCUUUGUGUUUUUGCACUUGAUCGAUUUGGAGAUUUUGUAUCUGAUGAGGUUGUAGCUCCUGUGCGUGAAACCUGUGCUCAAACGUUAGGCGUUGCAUUGAGGCACAUGAGUGAAGCUGGAGUAGAAAAAGCUGUAGAUGUCCUUUUAAAGCUGUUAACCCAAGAACAGUGGGAAGUGAGGCAUGGUGGGCUUCUUGGGAUAAAAUAUGCUCUUGCAGUUCGAAAGGAUAUGAUUAAGUCAUUAUUACCGAAAGUACUACCAGCAGUAACUGAGGGUCUUCAAGAUUUAGAUGAUGACGUUCGGGCUGUGGCAGCGGCAUCACUUAUACCAGUUGUUGAAGGUCUGGUACAGCUUCAGGCAGAUAAGGUACCAUUCAUUGUUAACACCUUGUGGGAUGCCCUUUUGGAGCUUGAUGAUCUAACUGCAUCUACCAACAGCAUAAUGACACUCUUGUCUUCUCUGCUAGCCUAUCCUCAAGUUCGACAGUGCAGUAUUCAGCUAUCACUUACCAUCCUGGUACCACGUGUCUGGCCAUUUCUCCACCAUACUAUUGCAUCUGUUCGAAAAGCAGCCUUGGAAACACUGUACACUCUUCUAUCAAAAGAAAACCAUAAUUGUGCUGUGUGGCUAACCCCUAUUUUACAAGAGAUGCUGAGGCACAUCUUUCAGUCUUGUAUUCUGGAAAGCAAUCAAGAAAUUCUGGAUCUAAUUCAAAAGGUUUGGAGUGAGUUGUUGCACCAGGCUCCACUUCAGUAUGUAGUUGCUGCUGCUUGUCCCUGGAUGGGUGCCUGGCUGUGUCUGAUGAUGCAGCCGUCACACAUGCCAAUUGACUUGAAUAUGCUACUAGAGGUGAAGGCCAGAUCAAAGGAAAAAUCCUCUGGGAAAACACGUCAGGGAUCAAAUCAGGUUAAAGAAGUGAUUCAGGAGUAUAUAGCUGGAGCAGACACUGUUACUGAAGAUUUCACAACAAGGGAUUACUAUGUUAUGAGAGCUAGGAUGAUGGCAGCAAAGUUGUUGGGUGCUCUCUGCUGUUGCAUAUGUGACCCUGAGGUUAAUGCAAUGAACCAGGAUAUUAGGCCAUCUGAGUCACUUGCUCAACUAUUGCUUUUUCAUCUCAACUCAAAAUCUGCUUUGCAACGGAUUGCUGUAGCAUUAUUACUUUGUGAGUGGGCAGCUCUUCAGAAGAACUGUAUUGCUGUGUCAAGUGCAGUACAGCCACGAUUAUUGGCCAUUUUGUCAGAGCAUCUUUAUUAUGACGAGAUAGCCAUCCCUUUCACAAGAAUGCAGAAUGAAUGCAAGCAACUGAUCACUUUACUGUCUGAUGCACACAUUGAUGUUAAAAAUAAAAUUAAUUGCAGUGUCUUCACAAUUGAUCAAGCAAGCGAGUUGGUUACAUCCAUUUUCAAUGAAUUCACUACAGAUUUAAAUAUAAAGUCUAAAACACUGCAGCAUUUGGAAAGUAAAAGACAGCAGGUUCAGAUCACUGUUACCGAAACCAAUCAGGAGUGGCAGAUUCUUCAUUUGAGGGUCCAUAUGUUUACUGCGUGUGCAAUUGUAAACUUACAGCUGCUUCCAGAUAAACUGAACCCUGUGAUCAAACCACUUAUGGAAGCCACAAAGAAGGAAGAAAAUACUCUGGUUCAGUCUUAUGCAGCAACCUUUAUUGCUAAGCUGCUUCAGCAGUGUAUUCUUCGAUCUCCCUGUCCCAACCCCAAGAUUAUUAAGAACCUCUGUAGCUCUGUGUGCAUUGAUCCUUUAGUGACUCCAUCUGCAGCAUGCCCAGUGCCAGACCCCAUCAUUCAGGAAAACUCUAAAGGAGUCAAUUAUGAAAAAGAUGGAGUGCAUCAUACUGUUAACAAGACAAAAGGAAUUAUAACAUUAUACCGGCAUCAAAAAGCUGCCUUUGCCAUUACAAGCAGACGAGGUCCAACACCAAAGGCUGUUAAAAACGCAGCUGGAGAACAUCCUGCCGGAAGUAGUUUCUCUGGAGAUGUUGAUGAGAGCAAGAAGCCUUGUUUAGUGCAGAGAAGGGGAGCAGAGUUUGCACUCACAACUGUAACCAAGCACUUUGGAUUGAGAUUGACCCCUGACCUCCCUUAUUUAUGGGAUUCCAUGGUUGGACCUCUAAAGAGCUCUGUUGACCCUCAGAAGUUUGAUCGACAGGCUCUGGUAGAGAAGGGCGAUAGUGCUGCUCAGGAUCUAGUUAAUUCUUUGCAAGUUUUAGAAAUAACGGCUGGGUCAAUGGCUUCAGAGCUUCAUCCUCAGCUGCUUGAACGCCUGCCUCAUCUUUGCAUGUGUUUACAACACCCAUAUACUGGUGUAAGACACAUGGCAGCACGAUGUGUGGGGAUUCUUAGCAAAAUUGCUACCACAGAAACAAUGAACAUCUUUCUGGAGAAGAUUCUUCCAUGGCUUGGGGCAAUUAAUGACAACACCAAGCAAGAAGGUGCAAUUGAAGCAAUGGCGUGUGUUAUCGAGCAGCUGGAUGUAGAUAUUGUACCAUAUAUUGUGCUUUUGGUGGUUCCUGUGCUUGGUAGAAUGAGUGAUCAAACAGACAGUGUGCGUUUCAUGGCUACACAGUGUUUUGCUACACUGAUCAGAUUAAUGCCACUAGAGGCUGGGAUUCCGGAUCCUCCCCAUAUGUCUGAAGAUUUAGUUAGGCAAAAAGCCAGGGAACGUCAUUUCCUAGAACAACUUUUGGAUGGGAGGAAGUUAGAGAACUACAAAAUCCCUGUUCCUAUCAAAGCAGAACUUAGAAAAUAUCAGCAGGAUGGAGUUAACUGGUUGUCUUUUCUCAACAAAUACAAGUUACAUGGUAUUCUGUGUGAUGACAUGGGUCUUGGAAAGACUUUACAGUCUAUUUGUAUUUUGGCUGGAGACCACUAUCUCAGGGCUCAAGAGUAUGCCAAGUCUAAAGCAGCCGACUGCAGCCCCCUGCCUUCUUUGGUAGUUUGCCCUCCGACACUGACAGGGCAUUGGGUAGAUGAAGUGGGGAAAUUUUGUUCCAGAGAAUACCUGAAUCCACUGCAUUAUACAGGGCCUCCCACAGAACGAGCAAGGCUGCAGCACCAGGUGAAAAAACACAAUCUUGUGGUUGCCUCUUAUGAUGUUGUGCGAAAUGAUAUUGACUUUUUCAGUAACAUUAAGUUUAACUAUUGCAUUCUUGAUGAGGGCCAUGUCAUUAAGAAUGGAAAAACAAAGCUUUCAAAAGCAGUAAAGCAGUUAACUGCCAACUACAGGGUUAUUCUUUCAGGAACACCAAUUCAGAAUAAUGUGCUGGAACUUUGGUCGCUGUUUGAUUUCCUAAUGCCAGGAUUUCUGGGUACAGAACGCCAGUUUGCAGCUCGAUAUGGGAAACCAAUUUUGGCAAGCAGAGAUGCUAGAAGCUCAUCAAGGGAGCAGGAGGCAGGGGUUCUUGCAAUGGAGGCUUUGCACCGCCAAGUCUUGCCUUUCCUUUUGAGAAGAAUGAAAGAGGAUGUACUGCAGGAUCUGCCACCCAAAAUUAUUCAAGAUUAUUAUUGCAGUCUCAGUCCUUUACAAAUACAGCUUUAUGAAGAUUUUGCAAAGUCCCGAGCAAAGGUUACUGUUGAUGAGACAAUUUCAACAGUGUCUCUCUCAGAGGAAGUUGAAAAGCCUAAAUUAAAAGCUGCUGGUCACGUGUUUCAGGCUCUACAGUAUUUAAGAAAGCUUUGUAAUCAUCCAGCACUAGUUUUGACACCAGUACAUCCAGAGUACAAGCGCAUUGCUGAGCAGCUUACUGCCCAGCGGACUACACUACAAGAUAUUCAGCAUGCACCAAAGCUUUCUGCAUUGAAACAGUUGCUUAUGGAUUGUGGAUUGGGCAAUGGCGGCGCAACAGAAGGUGGUACAGAAGCAGUGGUUGCACAGCACAGAGUUCUCAUAUUUUGCCAGCUGAAAAGUAUGCUGGACAUUGUAGAGCAUGAUCUCCUUAAGCCACAUCUUCCAACAGUUACCUAUCUUAGGCUGGACGGCAGUGUUCAAGCUGGCCAGAGACAUUCCAUUGUUGCACGGUUUAAUAAUGAUCCUUCUAUAGAUGUUCUUUUGUUGACCACUCAUGUGGGAGGUCUGGGUCUAAAUCUUACUGGAGCAGAUACUGUAGUAUUUGUGGAGCAUGAUUGGAACCCAAUGAGAGACUUGCAAGCCAUGGACCGAGCACAUCGGAUUGGACAGAAACGUGUUGUCAAUGUUUAUCGACUGAUUACCAGAGGAACUUUGGAGGAGAAGAUUAUGGGUUUGCAGAAAUUUAAAAUGAGCAUUGCAAACACAAUCAUAAGCCAGGAAAAUGCUAGUUUGCAAAGUAUGGGAACAGACCAGCUGCUAAACCUGUUUACUCUUGACAAGGGCAAAACAGAAGAGAAGGCAGAAACUCCUGGUACUUCAGGAAAAGCAUCAAUGAAGUCCAUCCUUGACAACCUUGGAGAUCUUUGGAGCCAAGAGCAGUAUGAUGCUGAAUAUAAUCUGGAUACCUUCAUACAUUCUCUAAAAUAAUGUUUGUGUGAGACAAGUCAGGAGAAAGUAAAACUGACGACUACUUGCUGAUAUUCAGCAUAUAGUGAACUUGUUGAGAUGGAUGUGAAUAUAACAUUUUUUGAAAAUAAAUCAGUUCAACUUGAAUUACUGUAUUUUGCAAAACAAAGUUAAAUGUGUCUUAAUUUGAACUGUUCUACAAAUUUAUAUUUAUCAUAUAGUCACACUAUAACUAGCUGGAGAGCUCCCAGCUGGUUUGAUCUUUAGUAUUGCCAAUAUCAUACAGUGACGGGUGUUUUUCUAGCAUUUAUUGACUGUUAUUUGUUACCAGUCUUAAAGAUUAAAUAUAUUUUCAGUUCAUGCUUUUCUUUAGCUGCAAAUGUUUAUGGUAAACAAGUAGAAGCUCACCUUUUUAUGUUUAAAUCUGUGUUUAAAAGUUUAGACAUCAUACUGAAAAAGAACAAGAAUAUAUUUAACUUGUGUUCAAAGCAUUGAAUUUCAUUUUUACUGCGCUUUCCACAUAUGUAGUUGCAGUUUCCACAUUGGCAGACCUCAUCUCUUCAUUGUUUUCUUUUUUACUUCAAAUGAUUGAUGUCUCGGUCCAGCUCAUGUAUAUAAGUAAUAAAUGGUAAACUUUCAUCAGGUCAUCCAUUUGAUGUCCAGGUGAUAGGCUUGUUUUGGCGUUCACACAGUUUUUUUAAAAUGUAUAUUUAAUAACUGUUUAAAAGUGUUGCAAGUCAGCCUUUUUACAGUUAGUCAUAUUGUUAGCAAUGGCAAAGGGAAAGAAUAGUAUAAAUAUUAACUCAAAAUCAGUUUUAAAUAUUUAGGUGUAAAUAUUUAUGUAUUUACUGUUUGUCAAAGCAGAUAGUUAUAAUAAAUUAUAUUGAGUUUU